AUUAAGCUCCAUUAGCCGGAUCCAUCUUAGACGACACGUGACUCAAAUUUCUAUCCAUGAUCGUGUGAGAAAGCUCCAAGAAAUUUUGGGGACUUCAGAAGGGAGCAACACAACGCCGCAUCCUACUCAACCAGCCUCGCUUUCCCUUUCCUUUCAUCUGCAGGGCUAGAGUGAGGAGGAGUCAGGACUGGACCGAUGAAGAGAAUUAGAUUGGAACGGUUGGGCGGGCAAUUGCUCUCGCCGCGCAAGAACACUCGACCAUGUUGUCUGCGGCCUCGAAAUCCUCCUUCAACAAGCUACGUAGCUAGCUUUACAACCCACCAGCAGAUACGGUCACAGUCCACAGUUUCUUCGUCUAUCUCAGACGAAGUCGUGUACGAAGAUGGAGAAGAAUCAGAGAUACAGCCCCCGAGCAAGAGACAUCCUUCAAGCCCCUAUCCCUCACCACUCCCGGACGCAGCAUUAGGCUCUGCAAAGCUCGCUGCUCUACACGCCCGACUUUCCCUUCCUAAGAUACUGCCUCUACAGACAAUGGCACGCACGCUGGUCGAUCCGUCUGCAGACUCGAACACCCGCUUCAACAAUGCUUCGCUUGCUCAAGUUGGGGGCUCCUUGAUAUCUUACCACGUCGCAGAGUACCUACUCUGUACAUACCCACGUCUACCUAUUUCAGUUCUGUUCGCAGCGGCAUAUGCGUACAACGGGCCCAAAACUCUACAAAUGAUUGGGCGGGAAUGGGGUGUUGAAUCCGCGGCAGUUCCAGGCUCAGAAGUAGAUCCUGGUUACUUGCAAUUCUCGAAGCUACAGGCUGGAGCGGAGAUCAAGGCGCAAGGAGGGACUACGAGGCCGGACAAACUUUUUUUCUACAGGAGGGGAAUGAGCAGCAGAGUGGUAUACGAUGACGAGUUUGGAGACACGAUCGCGAGAAACAGAGAUGAGACGGAGCCUCUACCUUCCGAGACAGCAUAUUCGAAUUUUGUGAAAGCGGUAGUCGGAGCGCUUUACUUGCAUGUCGGGCGGGAAGCGGCGAAGACAUUCGUCAAGCAGCACAUCUUGAGCCGACAUCUGGAGAUAUCAACGCUGUUCCAGUUCAAGGAACCGAUGAGAGAGUUAUCGAGAUUAUGUGCACGAGAAGGGUUCGAACACCCAGUCGCGAGGAUGUUGAGUGAGACGGGACGGAGGAGCAGAUCGCCUGUGUUCGUGGUGGGCAUUUACAGUGGGAAUGACCAGCUUGGUGAGGGUGCUGGAGCGAGUUUGCAGGAGGCGAGGACCAGGGCUAGUGUCAAUGCUUUGAAGGCCUGGUAUCUCUAUAGUCCUGGCAAUAAUGUGCCUGUGCCUAGCGAUACGGAGUCAUCGAAUGCAAAGCCUUGGGAACCAGUGCAUAUCGAUAUGGGAGAGGUCAUCCACUAGUGCCCAACUAGGGUUUGUGGUUCAGUGGUGGAAGAUGGGGCAGAUGUAUGCAUAGCGAGCGCGAGCGUCCGGCAUUGUAUGAUGGAGAGGGAUGACUGGCGAGCACUCGAGAUCAGAGUUGACGCCUUGUGUAUUAUUGGAAUCUCCUUGCUUCAAAAUCAUGCAUUGUAGGAGCCUCGAUCAUUGGGUUGGAGUAGAUGUGUAAACAGCUGUAGAAUAUUUUGAUGGACCUGGUAGAUUCAAUGAUACACUACCCUCCUCCUAUCUUUGUCAUU